AUGGUCCUCGGUUUCCAGUUCUCAUUCCAACCACCACCCCUCAACCCUCUCACCAAGAAGGCUCAACGUAUCCCAGUCUUCAACCCUAUCGACCGCCAUGGCCGCGUCUUCUUCUUUUCGUGGAUGGGGUUCAUGGUAGCCUUUUGGGCCUGGUAUACUUUUCCUCCUUUGCUCACCCACACAAUCAAACACUCCCUCCACCUCACCCCAACCCAAAUCUCCAACUCAAACAUCCUCUCCCUCGUCGCCACCCUUUUAGUCCGCCUCAUCUCCGGCUGGGCCUGCGACCGCUACGGUCCCCGCCUCGUCUUCGCCUCCAUCUUACUUUUAGGCAGCAUCCCCAUCGGCCUAGCCCCGCUCAUCACCAACGUAACGGGGCUCUACAUAAUCCGCUUCUUCAUCGGCAUCCUGGGAGGCUCCUUCGUCCCCUGCCAGGUGUGGUGCACAGCUUGGUUCGAUAAGAAUGUAGUCGGCACGGCGAAUGCGGUAGCGGGAGGAUGGGGAAAUGCAGGUGGCGGGGUGACGUAUUUUGUUAUGCCGGCUGUUUUUGAUAGUCUUGUGGGGAGGUGGGGGAUGAGUGAGGGGAAGGCGUGGAGGGUGACUUUUGUUGUGCCGCUUGUGUGUUUGUUGGUGUGUGGAUUGGGACUGAUGUUGUUGUGUGAGGAUACGCCGGGGGGGAGGUGGAGGGAGAGGGAUCGGGGUUUGAACCUGGGGGCCGCCGAGGGGAGGGCAGAGGGGGAUGAGGAGACGGUUAUUGAAGGUGUUGAUCCCAAGUCCGCAUCCGGUGCAGAGACUCCCACGGCAACGGCAACGGCAACGGCGACGAUGGACGAAGAAGAAAAGGGAUCUGCUAAGACCAUGUCUGAUACCGAAUCCACUACCCGUACCCGUCCGGACGUUGAGAGGGGGGAGGUCGUCGUACCUGCCUCUACCCAAAACCUCGAAGGCACAACCACCCCAGCCCUCACAAUCCUCCUCUCCCCCCAAACCAUCUUCCACAUCCUCACCUACUUCUGCUCCUUCGGCUCCGAACUAGCCAUCAACUCCGUUCUCUCCUCUUACUUCCUCUCCAUCUCCCCUUCCUCCCUCACCCAAACUUCCGCAUCCAACUAUGCCGCAAUCUUUGGCUUUCUCAACUUUUUCACCCGUCCUCUCGGCGGUCUCGUUUCGGACUUGCUUUACAAAUCCUUUGGCGGGGCAUCUUCCACCUCUUCUACCACCUCCCCUUCCCCCUCUCCUCCAAAAGCAAAACCGUUAUGGGCCCGCAAACUCCUAAUCUCCCUCUCCACCCUCCUCUCCGGCACUUUCCUGCUCCUCCUCGGCCUUUUGGCUCCCACCUCACUAGGCACCGUCAUCGGCCUAGUGAUUCUGGCCGCCAUCUUCAUCGAAGCAGGCAACGGCGCCAAUUUUGGUCUGAUCCCCUUCGUUUGGCCGGAACGAAACGGGGUGGUGAGUGGGGUGACGGGGGCGGGGGGGAAUUUGGGUGGGGUGCUGUUUGCGUUGGUUUUUAGGUUUGUGGGGGGACACGGAGGGAAGGGCGGGUAUGAGAAGGCGAUUUGGAUUUUGGGGGUGGUUAAUUUGGUGGUGGGGGUUGGGGGGUUGGGGGUUAGGCCGGUGCCGGGGAUGGGGAGCAUAAGGAGGGAAGGGGGGAGGAGGAGGAGGUGGUUGUGGUGA